UCAUGUAUCCUGCCAGAUAAACUGCGGCUCUUCCUAUGACACAUUUUGCCAUCAUCGGACUGUUUACUGGAAUAUGUGAAUAGAUAAAGUGGGAGCAGGUCCCUGCUGCAGCUGAUGGAGGCAGUCAGGGGAGUUUCCCUGUUGACAGUAGCAGCCCUGAAACAAGUUAGCCUGUCAUCCAGCUAGCUGUAGCUGUGGCUGCACAUCACUCACCGGUAACUCUCCGAGCUUUUCAGGUAGCCCCCAUGGAUCUGAAUAAUAUUUUAUCUCAGCUUGAAACUGCCAGCGAAGAGGACAUCGAGAAGCUCUUGCAGCAGUAUAAUGUAGAGAACACCCAAACCUUCACUUUUGACCCAAAGGAGGAAACCCUGCGGAGUAAGCUGUGCCACGGUGUGCUCACAGUCCUGGGGAGACAGGUGCAGCCCAGCUGUCAGAAGACAUGCUUGGAGACCCUCCGCAUCCUGUCCAGAGAUAAGCGUGUCCUGGCUCCUGUAGCCACCAAGGAAGGCAUGUUGACCCUGGCAGGGAUGGCGAAGCUGCAGGCUGGAGAGGAACAGGAUGCUGACAAGAAAAGCUCUCAGGAACAGACACUGUCAGAGGAGAACAAGAGGGUGGUGGUGGAGGCCCUUAAGUGCCUUUGCAACGUUGUAUAUAACAGCCCUGCGGCUCAGCAGGUCUGCGUGGAUGUGCAGCUGGUUCGUGGUCUGUGUGCCAGCCUGGCCACGGCCCGUACGUGGUCCCAUGAGGUGGGCCUGUUCACACUGCGCCUUCUCUUCCUGCUGUCUGCCCUCCAACCUGCCGUGAGGGGGCUUUUGAGGAGAGAGUGGCAUGCUGUUAGACUGCUGACAGAGGUGUUGGAGCACACGCUGGAUGUGCGCUGGGUUGGUCCGUAUGAAGCUGCCCGUCCAGAUCCGCAAGCCGUGCCCAUGCCUGCAGAGAAUAACGAGCGAGCGAUGGAAGCACUCAAAGCCAUGUUCAACCUCACACUGUCUGAAACUGGUGGUGAGGAAGACGAUCACCAGCUCCGGCUCAUUGCUGCCAUCCUGCGUCAUCUCCUGAUGCUGAAGACCGAGACCGAGGAGAAAACGGAGGAAGCACACAGCCAUGCCGUGAACCUGCUGAACAACCUGCCCGUGUCCUAUCUGGAUGUUUUAAUUGACGUCCCCGUGCAGGGAGGGCAGGAGAAAUAUGCCGGAAAAAACAUGGACGCGAUCGAGGUGUUGCUGGACUUCAUGGAGAAAAGAAUCGACAAGGGGUCCAAUUACAAAGAGGGUUUGACUCCAGUACUCAGCCUUUUGACUGAAGGAUCCAGACACCACAGGGAGAUCCGCAGAUAUAUCAAAGCUCAGCUGCCAUUAGUUGAAUUCACUUUGCAGCUAUACAUUCAGCGUUCUCAUCUAUUUCUUUUUUUCAGCAUCAACCCCAUCACCGGUCACGUCGAGGAGCCGAUGCCGAACCCCGUCGAAGAGAUGACUGAGGAGCAGAAGGAGUAUGAAGCCGAGAAGCUGGCCAACAUGUUCGACAAGUUGUCAAGGUAA